AUGUCUUAUCAUGUUACAAAUAGAUCACAAUCAUCAUCUUCUCAACCGCCUAUCGUCCAAAAACUAACGGAUGAUCCUGUAAACCCCAAGAAUGCUCAAAGUAGCGUUACGUGUGUUUAUCAGUCACAUAUCGGAGGCUAUUGGCGUAAUGUGACUGUUAUAUGGAGCAAGAAUCUAAUGAAUCAUUCUGUGACCUUAACGGUUGAUAGCGUGGAAAGUGAUUAUCAUCAAACAUGUAAGAUUGAUCUUAAACCUUGGCAUUUUUGGGCUAAAAAAGGAUACAAGACAUUUGAGGUUGAUGGUAAUCAAUUGGAGGCUUAUUGGGAUCUAAGAUCAGCAAAAUUUUCAGGAAGUCCUGAACCAUGUUCGGAUUUUUAUGUUGCUUUAGUUUCCGAGGAAGAGGUUGUGUUGUUGUUAGGUGAUUACAAGAAAAAAGCUUAUAAGAAAACUAAAUCAAGGCCAGCCUUGGUGGAUGCCCUGUUGUUUUACAAAAAAGAACAUGUUUUUGGUAAGAAGAGUUUCUCAACAAGAGCUAAAUUUGAUCAAAGGAAACAAGAAAGUGAUAUCGUGGUUGAGAGCUCAACGACAGGACCUAGAGAUCCCGAAAUGUGGAUAAGCAUAGAUGGGAUUGUUUUGAUUCACAUAAAAAACUUGCAAUGGAAAUUCAGGGGAAAUGAAACCGUCUUAGUGAACAAACAACCUGUGCAAGUCUUUUGGGACGUGCACGCUUGGUUGUUCUGUUCACCAGGGUCAGGUCAUGGCCUGUUUAUUUUCAAACCGGGGGCGUCUGAGGAUGAUAGUGACAAGGAAGGGAGUAGCGUGGGUGGUGGUAGCGAUUGCAGUGACCAAAGCAAGUAUUAUUCAACGUUAAGCUACUCUAAAGCAUCACCAUUUUGUCUAUUCUUGUACGCAUGGAAAAUUGAGUGA